AUGAGUACAAUAACUAACCUAUCUUACUACUUAGGUGAUUCAGGCUAUCCUUUGGAACCAUGGCUCUUGACACCAAUAUCGAAUGCUCCAAAUGGAUCACCUGAGUAUAUAUAUACCGCUGCACAUUGUAGUGCCCGCUCAGUUAUAGAGCGAUGUUUUGGUGCACUCAAAUCGGUAUGGAGAUGCUUGUCACAUCAACGUUUAUUAAUGUACGAGCCUGAUAUGGCGGGAAGAAUAAUCAAUGCUUGUGCCAUGUUGCAUAAUAUGCGUUUGCAUUAUCGAAUACCAUUUAAAGAGAUCGCCGAGGAAGAUGUCGCACAGGCUAAUGCUAUGCCAGCACCCGGACCUUAUAUUGCUGAACCUCUUGAAGGAAGAGCACGCCUUGCUGAGGGACGCCGUGUACAACAGCAACUUAUCCGAGACAACUUUAUGCACUUGUAGUUGGCGGUGUAUAUG